CCUUUCCCGGCCUCAGCGUCCCCUCGGCUCCACCCCAUACGCUCUCCCUGAGCUGCGAGCCCCGGGCGCGCUCUCCUGAGUUCAUCUGAGUUUUGCGUGGCUCUUCCCGUUGCGCCUGCGCGACCCCGCCCCGCCCCACGCGCGGGCUUGCGCUCCGGUUCCCGCCCGGCCUCGGGCCCGCGGCACCCGUCUCUCGCCUCCCCGGUCCGGCCGGCAGCACACGGGUGAACACCAUGCUCUUCUAUUCCUUUUUCAAGUCCCUUGUGGGCAAGGAUGUGGUCGUGGAACUCAAGAAUGACCUGAGCAUCUGUGGCACCCUCCAUUCUGUGGAUCAGUAUCUCAACAUCAAACUAACUGACAUCAGUGUCACAGACCCUGAGAAAUACCCUCACAUGUUAUCAGUGAAGAACUGCUUCAUCCGGGGCUCAGUGGUCCGCUAUGUGCAGUUGCCAGCAGAUGAGGUCGACACACAGUUGCUACAGGAUGCAGCAAGGAAGGAGGCCCUGCAGCAGAAGCAGUGAUGGCUCCUCUUCCCCUUCUCCCCCUUCCACUGGUGACCCUUACCCUUGUGUGCCAGCCUGGGAACCCUCCCUCCCAUACUUGAGGUGUUGUUUUUUGUUUUGUUUUUAAUAGUGAAGCUUUUUUUUUUAAGGGAUGAGUGGAUGAGAAUAAUAGUGGGGAGCAGCUAUUGUCUGUUGAGAAGGGGAGGAUAAGUAGGCUGGGGAACUGCAAAGCCUUCCCUGUCCCCAGCACCUGCAUUUCUCACUUCUUCCCUGGAGAUGGUGGGAGCAUCUCCUAGAUGUCUCCAGGGUAGCAUGUGAUUCAUUUUGGGGAUGGAAGGAAUCUGUCCCGCAUCGGGAAUAAAAUUUAUGAUGCAAAUUUGA